UUCUAUGAUAGACACUGAUAGACACACGAUGAAGAUGAAAGGAUUAGCGAUAGUUCUAUUGGGAUUGGUUUCUUUAGGAUCAGCUGCCAUUGUGGUGCACAAAAGUCCAUUUGACCACGUUCAUAGUUACUCAGAAAACCACCUUAAUAGUGGACAAUACAUUCCUGAUGACAGCGGUCAGUAUGUAGAUGACGCAUCGGGUAAAUAUGUUCAUCAAGAUGUACCUUAUGUUCACAUAGCCGGACCUGAAGGUGGAUUUGGCGGAAACGGAGGAUUUGGUGGUGUAGGCUCUGAUGGUUCAGGAGGUCAUGGUGGACCAGGUGGACCAGGAGGACCAGGAGGACCAGGAGGCCCAGGUGGCCCAGGUGGUCCAGGUGGUCCAAGUGGUCCAGGUGGCCCGAAUGGUCCAAAUGGGCCACCUGGUCCUCCAGGAAAUUAUCAGCCAAACAGCGGUAAUCCAUUCGGACCUGAUGCUUCAGGUUCAAUCCACCCAAAUUCUAUUUCAAACACUUAUCUGCCAGUCUAAUUUUUUCUAUUCAUAGCAUAAAUUUUAGUUGUAAAUAACAUUGCAUAUUUUUAGUUAAUUGUACCA